AAAGAUGAUCAAAAGCCUGUAACGGUUUUCACGUUUCUCUGGAACAACACAGCCACAGCUCUUGGGCGAAGCUAACAAACCUUACAGAACCAGCUCUCAGCUCCAGCUGCAGCUUCCAGUCCAGGCGCUUUUGCGGGUUUUUAGGGUUUAGGAUCUGCUCACAAUGACAGCUCCAUUCUCUUCCGAGUAAGAAACGAGUUGAAAUCGUCCUGAGAGAGAUCUGAUCAUUCCUUUGUUCUCUUCCAAUCCCGUUCCUUCAGCUUCCAUAUUUUCUACUCCAUCCUAAGGCUUAAGCUCGAUUAUUAUCCAUUUUUUGUUCACUUUGUGAGGUCUACUUAAUUCUCCAAUUAGAAUUCCCUGUAUUCUAUUUCUACGAUUUCGUUUGAGUUAUGGAGAAAUGGCGAGGUUCCCGCUUCAAGAUCUGUGGUUUGUUCUUCGAAUCAGGGCUCGACGAAAUUUAUAUACUAUAAUCGAAAGGGUUUUUGGUCAUUUACGUGUUUGGAGUGGGGCGAAGGGCUUCCCUCUUCCAUGAGAGCGUUUGUGAAAAAUGGCGAUGUCUCAGAUUCCAGGCAUCUGGUUAAGUUCUGUUGCUUUGUUGCACCAAACUUAGCGACUGUGUUGGAGCGGUCUCCGGAUUUCCCCGCUUCGAUGAAGAGGUCUCUUCGUCCACUGUUCAGUCUCCUUGUCCUUGCCGUGAUUGUCACUAUAUUGAGCUGCAGGACCGCAGUUCGCCGGAGUUUCGGUGCUUUUCAGCUGGAAAAUGGUGUGUCGAUGAAACUAGCAUUGCCGGUUUUUAACUCGACAUUGCUUAAGAACGCGGCCAUUGAUAUGGGAGAGGCGCAUGUCAAGCAAGAGGUUGAGCAGCUGCUUGAAGGGAACUUUGGUAGCGCAGCAAGGGGCCGUUCAAUCUCAUCGUGGCAGCGUUCGCAUCAAUUCGACAUUCGAAGCAGACCCUCUAGUAGCAGAAUACCAGCCCAAUUGCGCUCUCCCAGGUACUACAGGCUCUGGUCGGAAUUCCGGAAAGUCCUCCGUGAUUGGUUCAGGAAUAAGCGGUAUCAACCCGAGAUCAUGUCGGAGUUGAUCAAACAGGUAAAAAGGCCAGUCGAUAGGCACUAUGGGCUUGCUGAUUCCGACCGUCCCUAUGCUUCUUGUGCAGUUGUCGGGAACAGUGGAAUUUUGCUCAAGGCAGAGUAUGGAGAGUUCAUUGACAGCCACGAGUUUGUCAUCCGACUGAACAAUGCCAGGAUCGAGGGGUUUCAACGCAAUGUAGGGUCAAAAACCAGUAUCUCAUUCGUGAAUAGUAAUAUCUUGCAUCUCUGUGCCCGGAGAAAUGGCUGCUUCUGCCACCCUUAUGGCGAAAAGGUCCCAGUCAUUAUGUACAUUUGCCAACCAGUGCAUUUCUUGGAUUACACUCUCUGCAAUUCAUCUCAUAAAGCUCCAUUGCUAGUUACAGAUCUCCGGUUCGAUGUCUUGUGUGCUCGUAUUGUCAAGUACUAUUCCAUGAAAAGCUUCCUAGACGAGACAGGGAAAUCCCCUGAAGAAUGGGCACCUGCCCAUGAUGGUAGCUUGUUCCAUUAUUCUUCUGGUAUGCAAGCUGUCAUGCUAGCACUGGGAAUUUGCGACAAAGUUAGUAUGUUUGGUUUUGGAAAAUCAGUUCAAGCAAAGCAUCAUUAUCAUACCAAUCAGAAGGCAGAGCUUCAUUUGCAUGAUUAUGAAGCAGAGUAUGCCUUUUACAAUGAUUUGAUUGAGAGACCACGGGUAAUACCGUUCCUUUCUGACAAAUUCAAGGUUCCUCCUGUGGCCAUAUAUUAUUGAGCUGUUAAUAGUUAACUUUUCAGGGUUCCGUGGAAUCUGUUCACUAGUCAUCAAGUUCUAGUUGUUUGUUGAAGCUGUAAUAGUAGUUUCCUACGACCCAAAAGGAAAUGAGAAGAAAUUUGAAGUAUUUUGUKGUCUGGAAACUUAAUUUAAAUGUUGUCAUUAAGUGGCAAGAAAUGCUGUAAAGGAAAGAAUGCUACUCCCAAAUUUAGACUGGGAUAAGGAUUUCUGUAAAAGAAAGACUUUAAUUUACGAAGGAUAAAUCACAUCUCAUGUGUGCUACCAA